AUGUUAUAAGAUGAGAUCAUGAAACCUUCUUUUAGGUUAAGCGAUUUAUUAAAGUACGAAGACCAAAGUUUCUAUUCUGACUCUCCAACUAAGAGAAAGUCUUUGGCUCCUCCAAAACCUCUAUAAAAACAUAUAUUUGAUAUUACUAAUGGGGCUUUUCAGUUUAUUAUUGGAGAAUUUACAUAAAGUAUUAAAAAAGAAAGAGUGCCUAUAUAAAAAAAUCUAAUUAAAAGGAUUAAUCAAUAUGUAGAGAAUGAAUGCUAAUAAUUGCAAGUUUAAUAAUAAUUAGAAAAGAGAAUUCAAUAAAAAAUAAUCGAAGAUCUUAAUUUAUUAGUAUUUGCAUUAUGUCAUAUUUCAAAACCAAUAGUUGAUUUUUUAGAAAAUCAUUUUAUUGAUUAUGCUGAAGAAUUGUAAAUAACCAUUUGGGAAAUCAAUCUAUAACUUUUUCAACCUAAAAUUGUUGAAUUAAUAAAAAAAUAUAUUGCCACUAGUAUGAACAUAGUUCCUGGAAACUUGUAUUCUUAAUUGUUAGAGUAAGCGCAUUAAUUAAUAUGCAAUCUAUCAUUUGAAGUUUCUGAUUAGAUUUGCUUAAUUUUAGAGGAAUGCCGUGGUUACAUAGAACCAUUUAUUGCAAAAUUUCGAGAAAGAGUAAUAUUUAUUAAAUAAUAUAGAAUAUCCCAUAAAUAUUAUUAAAUAAAUACACUAUAUUAGCAUUAUUUUAAGAAUUAAGUUAAAAUUGCUAUUAGACUAUAUAAGACCUCUUGGAAUUUACAAUAUUUCAUUAUGCAGAACCUGAUAUUGUUGAAAAAUUUAUGAAAUAUGCUAUAGAAAAUUAUGACACACUAAUAUUAAAAAAUAAAAUGCUAUCUAAUUCAGCAUAAUAAAAUGAAAAUAUUAACAAAAUAACAGUAGAUCAAGUUGUAGAUUAUCUUCAAUAAUGUAUCACAAAUAAAAAUAAAUCAAUUGCUGUUUAUAAAAUUUAAUAUAGAUAAAAGUUGCAAAAAUAAUUAAGUGAAGAUGAUGAAGAUUAAUGUACUUAAUCAACUGAUAUUAAAUCUUUUAAAAUGAAUAAAGAUACAAGAUAUUAUUUAAAUGGAUUAUAUUUAGAAAGUGAAGAUCCUUAAUCAAAAUUUAUAAUAUAUGUAAUGAAUGAAGAAUUUAAAGUAAUUUAUGCUCCAUUGGUUAGUAAAAGAUGGGCAUUUUAGAAAGUAAUUUGAUUAAUUUAUUUAGACAUUUGUUAUUGAUUAGUAAGAAAAAGAUGGUUUUUUUAAAAAAGAUUCUAAUAGAAAGUCAGGUUGGGGAGUUUAUCCAGUAAAAUUUAAAUCAAUGAAGGAAUUGAUCCACUCUAGUUGGGUUCAUGAAUAAUUAGCUUUAAUGAUAUUGAAUUAAUAUUAAGAAGAUGUGUACUAAUUAAGAAGAUAGGUAGAAGGUGAAAUGGAUACAAUGUUUGGAUCAUUUUUAGCCAAUGUUAGCAGAAACAAGUAUUUGAAAUAUUUAUUUAUAGAGAAUUUUUAUAACAUUUUGGUGAAAAUGCUGUUAAUAAUGGAUGUAUGCAAUAAUUGGUUGUUUAUAUGCCUUUACUUAAAGAUUUUUUAAAUUUAGGAGGGUUUGGAGCUUAAGCAUUAUUGACUAGUUAAGAAAUAUACACUCCAUAAAGAACAUUUACAUCUACAUUAGCAAUAUCCACUUCAUUAGUUUCAGGAGCAAUUAUUGGUUAGGCUUUGAUUCCAAUACCAUUUGUUGGGGGAAUUGUUGGAGGAAUUAUAGGAGGAUAUUUAGGGAAUAAGGGAAUGACUAAUUAUACUAAGAGUAGGAAUGAAAAAAAGGCUUUGGAAAUGGUAUUAAAAUUAUAACUAAAUUAAUUACAAGAUGGUCAUUGGGAAUGCAAUAAAGUCAAUUUAGAUAUUAUGGUUAUUAAUUUUAAAAUAUUAAAUGAUCAUAUGCCAAAGGUUUUAAGUGAGGAUAGUGACAGAUAAACUAAAUGGAUUAAUUUAGUGAUAUUUGCAGUAUUAAGUUUGUUCUUUAAUUCCAAUGAAAUGCCGGGAGUAUGGCAGGAAUGUUUAGAUUGUCUAAUAAAAUAUAUAUAAAUUGAGAAAAUAUAAUUGGCAGAUACUCUGGAAAAUUUAAAAUAGAUAGUUGAAGUCAUAGUAAAAAAUCUUUGA